GCAAGCAAAAGCAGAGCACCACUUCACUCACCCUUCAUUAUGCGUGUCUUCACUUCCCCUCUCGCGGUCCUCGUCUCGGCGGUGGCCUUGAGCGCCGCAUUUCCUCUUCGCGCACCUCUCUGGCUUCGCACAUCUCUUGCUACAAGAGGUGCCAAUAUUGAUGGUGCUGCCGUGCUGCCGGCCCUGGAAGUCAAGAAUAAACGUGAGGCAGAGGCGGAUUGCGAAGAGGGAGACAUGGACAUGGAGACUGACACGGCCGCGGGCGUCAGGGCCUUGAACUUCAAGAGAGGCGAUGGUUCGGCAGUCAAUGACGAGACUGACGCUCCCGGUGUGGUUCCGGCUUUGGAGUUCAAGGACAAACGUACCUCUGAGUAGGACUAUGGCAAAGAAGACAUGAUCUUAUUGAGGGAUGGUGUCGCCAUGCGUCUUAUUAAUGAAUUGGAUCACACGAGUCACAGGGCAAUGCGAGCAGUACAAUUUACGUGGGAUUCACAAAGAAUAAAGACUAUGUAUGGGAUGACAUCUUCUUC